AUGUCCGAAGACAUGGACGAGGACUUCCAGGGCACAGACCGCCCCAUUCGCGGUUUUGAACAGGCGGACGGUGAGGACGGGUUCGACGAUAGGGACUGGGUUGAAAAAGAACUGCACGAAGCUGAGGAAGCUGCAUUCACAGCAGUCUUGGCUCAGCAGGAACGCAGGCCACACUUUCUGCCAGUGAUCGAAACCUGCAAGAUGGAUGGUUGCCGUCUUGAAUGGAGCCGGUGUUUGGACGGCGGUCCUGGCGCCUGGUCGCUGAUUGGCUUGAGCGGCGCUGCGCUUGCCACAGAGACAGCCCCUGGAUGGUAUAUGCCUGCCUUUUGCGUCAGAGGCAUGAAUAGGCUGGAAUGCCGAUUUACCCAAUGGCAUCCAGAAGCACCUCAUGUUGCUGUCUUCGAAGCGGAAGAACUGCGCUUUGACAAUUGGAUCAAUCUUCCAGCAGGGAGGGUCUAUGUCCGAGAAGUGCCCUCGCCUUUGGUUAUUACUUGCAGUUUGAUGCCCGCGGAUCAAAACACCGUCGACGUCGUGUUCUCCACGGUGGCCGGUGAGGAGGUGCUGCGAAUCGCCAGCGUGUCAAGCCAUUCGCUGGAGAUGGAACUGAUGGAACAGCUUCCUACAUCCGCUACCAUAGCAGCCGCAGCCCAAGGCCGUCUGCAGAGCAGGAACCAAGAAGUGUGCACGGUCUUAGAUGGGGAGCCAACCCCAUUGGACACGUUGGUCCUCUCCGAUGACUUGUGGGACAUCGUCACAGCACAGGACACCCAGAGCCAGAAAAGUAAAGUGGACUGGCAAGAUAGAACUGAGCAUUUGCCAUGGCGCCUUGCCAGCGAUGCGGUGUGGGAAACAGGAGCGGUCGGGGACAGGGGUGGUGCAGCGAUCCACGCUGCCGCCAAGCCGAGAAAGAAGAGCGCCAAGCAGAAGAAAGCGCUAAGCGAAAAGCUCGGCAACAGGAACGGGCGGCAAAGGGAGGUGGCAGCCGCGGGCCCUUGCCCCCUGAAGGGGUCAGCCGACAAGCGCAGAGGCGUGAGCUGCAAGCCGAACGUGCUGAGCACGGGUUUGCAAGCCGGGGGCCAAAACCAGAGGAGGACAACCGCGAAGCACAGAGGCUUCAGCUGCAAGCCGAACGUGCUGAGCACGGGUUUGCAAGUCGCGGGCCCUUGCCCCCUGAAGGGGUCAGCCGACAAGCGCAGAGGCGUGAGCUGCAAGCCGAACGUGCUGAGCACGGGUUUGCAAGCCGGGGGCCAAAACCAGAGGAGGACAACCGUGAAGCACAGAGGCUUCAGCUGCAAGCCAAACGUGCUGAGCACGGGUUUGCAAGUCGCGGGCCCUUGCCCCCUGAAGGGGUCAGCCGACAAGCGCAGAGGCGUGAGCUGCAAGCCGAACGUGCUGAGGCACUCCAGAUACUGA